AUGGUCUCCCUGGAAGAGGAGGAUUUGACAAACAGUCACUGCGCCAAUGAUAGCUCCACGAAUCUGGUAUGUUGUGUUGGGUUUAGAGGAACGCUCCCUCAAUAUCCACUGUGCGGGUCGUCAGAACCACACCGGUUAGUGUUGAAUACCUACACGGAUGCUGAUGACUAUCCAUGGACCGCACUGAUUCAGUACGAAAACCUUCGUGGUGAAUUGGAGCUCAUGUGCAGUGGAACAUUGAUUACCAAACGAUACAUCGUGACAGCUGCACACUGCGUGUCAAACCUUCGCGGAGGUAUUAAAGUCCAUCGUGUACGUCUCGGUGAGUGGGAGAUAAACUCAAAUGUAGAUUGCAAUCAGAAGCAAUGUGCAGGGCCUCCAGUUGACAUGCAAAUCGAAAAGAUCACCAAACACAGGGAUUACAAUCGGCGCAACCAUCUGCAUGACAUUGCACUCGUUCGCUUCACCAGUGACGUGAACUUUUCCGACACUGUUCAACCGAUCUGCCUUCCAACGUUGGACUCGGUCGUCGGAAACAAAAGUCUGAUCACUGGUUGGCUUCGAGAUAGCGCGAUAGGCGCACUAGAUGGCAAGAAAAUGUAUCAUCCGGUGAACAUUAAUGGCUUUGAGGAAUGUUCCCCGAUAUAUGAACAAAAAUCGGUAACCCUCCAAUCGACUCAACUUUGCGUAGACAUGGGAGCGAGUUGGAGCAAGUGUAAGGAUCAUGCAGAAGGCACGCUCAUGCAGGGAAACGGAAGUGCAUGGUUCUUGGCAGGAGUUGCCAGCUUUGGAACGAUAGCUUGUAGUUCUGAUACCCCGGUCGUAUACACCAACAUAUCGGCGUAUGUGGAUUGGAUUCGCGACAAUAUUUACUAG